CGAAAUAAGGUAGCCAACAUUAUGAUAGAGCUGAAUCCAACAAUCUUGAGACAUAUAAUUUCGGUUGUAAUUACAUUUUCAGUAGUCGAUGCAAAAUCAAGUGAUCUUUUUGCUAAAAAUCAAAGUUGAAAGACCACAUUGUUAGUCACCUCAAAGUCAAUUGUGCACUUCUGAUAUUUACCCACUGUUUCGCCGACAAAACAAUCUUGAUUCUGGUGGAGUACUGACCUUUCUCAGUCUCCGUUGAAAAUUAUGUUGCUGGUGGUGGUUCUAAUGACGAUGCUCCUCCGUCCGGCGACCGCCACACCCAAUGAAUUCGAGCGGGCAACCAAUCCUCCCGGCGGCGGCGUUCCCCCUGCUCUUCGCCGUUCAUCUUCUCCCCCACCUUUCCCCGUCCAACUCCCCCGGUGGCGCCACCACGUUUUCCUCAACUUCCGGGGGCCGGACGUCCGCCGCGCCUUCGCCGAUCACCUCUACCACGCCCUCCUCCGCAAGGGAAUCAACGCCUUCCGCGACGAUCGCGACCUCCCCCGCGGCGAAAACAUCACGGAGGCGAUCCCGCGGGCCAUCGAGGAGUCAAGGUUCUCCAUCCUCGUCCUGUCGAGAGGUUACGCCUCGUCGGCGUGGUGUUUGGACGAGCUGGUCAAAAUCCUGACCUGCGCCAAGGAGAUGGGUCACCAGCCGUUCCCGAUCUUCUACAAUUUGUCUCCCGACCAGAUCUCCGCUCCGUCCUCCCCCUCCGGCUAUUACAAGCACGAUUUCGAUCGGCACAAGAAGGAAUACAGCUACGAGAGGGUCCACAGCUGGCUCCACGCUCUCGCCUCCAUUGUCGAUAUAUCCGGCUGGAUCCUCACGGAAAGCACAUACGAAGCCGAAUUGGUAGAGGAUAUCGCCUCGAGCAUGCUGCGGAAGGUCCAGGAGCUCCAUUGGUCCUCCUCCUCCUCCUCCAUCACAAGCGUCUUCCGGCAGUCAAUUAGGCAAUCUCUCCAUAUCCACAACGGAGAAAUGAAUGCCACUCCGGACAGAGUGAAUCAUGACUCCCCACCAGCAGCCGAAUACGAACACCUCCAAUUCUUCAAACCGAAGAUCUCACCGCAGGGUGAGAAGACGGUGAGAAUCCCCAAAACCGUCGCACAAGAAGGGAUCAAGAAGUACUCGCAACUGGCUCUGCUUGGGCAGCGGUUAUCCUCCUUGGACAGCGGAAGUGUAGUUGGUCAUCUGAACACCAGCAUCCUCAUGAAGGAAGCAAACCGGCUGUGGAACAACGGCCGGUCAUCGAAGAUCAUAGGGGUCCAAGAAGUAGGCGGCGCAGGGGUGUACAUCUUCACGUUUCCCGACCGGGAAACUCGAGACACGGUGGUGGAAUCUUCGCCCUGCUGCAUUGCCAACUGCUCCUUCGCGAUGAGGAAAUGGGAGCCGAGUAUGCAGCUGCUGCUGCACCGUCGGUCCCCGACGGUGCCCGUGUGGGUGCGUCUGGUAGGGGUUCCAGUGGAGUAUAUGACCCCCCGAGGGCUGAGCUAUGUAGCCAGUUCUCUCGGGAGGCCGCUGUACGUGGACAGAGCUACCGCAAGUGGAACUCAUCAGCUCGCAUUUGCCAAAGUCUGCGUGGAGAUGAUGAUGCGACCUGGUGAUGGUUAUCGCCGCGAUCAGGGGUUUACUACCUCCUCCAUUUCGGUUGCUAUUGAUGGUGAAGCGAUGGUCGUGGCCGUGAGAGUGUUGUACCAAUGGAGUAUGCCUUGCAGCAACAGCAUGACUACUACUGCUACUACGACUGCUGCUACUCAACAAAUCGCUCCUGCUCCUAGCCAGAUGCAGAAAGCUCGACAAAUCGCUCCUGCUGCUCUUAGCAGGCUGCAGAAGGCUCAAAAGUUCAUUCUUCCGAGUUCUUUCCGUGAAAUUCUCAUGUCGGUGGUAAUUGGACCCAGGGCGCAGCCGGCGGCGCAGAGCUGAUGCAUUAUGGAGUACAUCGUCAAACCUGCUGGAAAUGAUACGGUGGGGAAUUACUCCGAGGAUAGAAACCAAAAAUUAUACAUGAUGCAGCUAGCGCUAACGCAACUCCGUUAACAUCCUCUUUGAAGCAAAUGUAUUACAUAAUUAUUUUUGUAAAUUCAU